AUGGCAAAGAAAAAGGCGGCAGAGAUUGGCAUGCGGCCAUACUAUCAUGAAACCGAUAACAAAUACGUACAAUACUUGUUCUACUCGACUUACCUUGGCCUGGUACCGCGUGGUGUGAGACUUCGACUGGGAUCUCCUCUGGUCAUUGGCAGCUGGCUUGCUAUGUUUGCUCUAGUUUUCAAAGUUAUACCCGACAUGUUGAGCCGCUGGGGCUAUCCAAGGGAAUUGCUCCUAGGUGUACGCAUUGCUAUUAUCAUCGCCAGUGCUAUUGGAGGCUUGCUGGCCUUGAUGUGGUACGUCGACAAGUUCGACAUUAGCGAUCGCAUCAUGGAAGGUCUCGAGAACGAUCUGAAGAAUGCCGGCGCAUAUUAUCGCGGUGAAGCCGGUGAAAAGCCACUCAGAGGUCAAUUCUGGGUAUUAACAUUGAAUGAGGAACCUGUGGGCUGCAUUGGUGUGGAUCAAACUUUGAAGGAUGUGCCAGAUCAACGAUACAGUAAAAAUGUAUCAUCAUCCUCUUCCAACGGUGAAAGCAGCUCUUCCUCUGCCAAAGAUAUUUUAUUCAAGGCUCAUAAAGAAAACGAAGCAACUUUGCGAAGAUUAGCUGUGAAAACGGACUGUCAAAGUAAUGGAUUAUCAACACCCUUGAUUAAACGGGUCAUCUUUUGGGCGCAUUCGCAGACGGUUGAAACCCUUUAUGCCGAAACAAACGAAUUACAGGAUCAGGCAGCCACUAUUCUCCAAACAAAGUACGGUUUUCGAUUCCAUGCACAAGAAAAGUCAGGCCUCUUUCGAGUCAAGAACGUAUGGAAGCUUGACGUUAAACUUUGGAUGAGUCAGGAACUGGAAAAGCGCGCAAAAGAAAAGGAACUAGAGGACAUUCGCAAAGAAGAGGAAGAACUCAAAGAGUAUAUGUAA